AAAAGAGUCGAGACAUCUGUGUAUCUCCUCAGUGUGUGUGAUGGUUAUAGUGGUAAAGUGGCUGGUUAACCCAUAGCUCUGGUUAAUGUGCUCUGAAACAGCUAGUUAGUGUAAAAGCUGCUGUCAACAAGAGCGGCAGUCGCCUUUAACCUUAAACUAAAAUACUUUAUUUAAAGUACCAGCCGAGACGAGACGGAGACAGCCUCUGUGCAGAGUUUGGAUCCAACACUUGGUACAUUAAAAACAACAAGAUUUUUAGUUAGGUUUAGGUUUAGGAUCAAGGUGAGCUCCUAUGUGUCGACGGCCGACAGAAACACCAAGAGAUGUCUGCUGCUGCCGUCGGUCGCUUCAUGUACUUCGCUUUCGGAAGCAACUUACUGAAGGAGAGACUGCAGCUGGCAAACCCCUCGGCGACGUUUUACUCCACCGGCCGACUGAAGGACUAUGAGCUGAACUUUGGCCUGUGGGAGAAAAAUGCACACACCACUUGGCAUGGCGGCGUGGCCACCAUUGAGUCCCAUCCAGGGGCAGAAGUGUGGGGGGUAGUCUGGACUUUGAGCAACGAAAACCUCACAAGCCUAGACAACCAGGAAGGGGUGAGCAUGGGGAAGUAUUCUCCUCUUGAGGUUUCAGUGGAGACCGAUAAAGGACUGAUGCUCUGCAGGACUUACCAGAUGAACAAUUUCCAUGCCUGUCCUCCCUCUCCACAAUACAAACAGGUGGUGUGUCUGGGUGCAGAGCAGAACGGACUCCCAGUGGAGUACCUGAAGAGGCUGGAGGCCAUUCAAACCAACAACUACAACGGCCCCUCGAUCCUUGAUCAAAUCAGAAUGAAGUAGCGACUGAAAGUUUACAUAACUGACUUUGGAAACAUGCGCUGACGAAACAACCUCACCACAGGGUCCAUUUAGUCGCUGUUCAAAGUACAUGAAGAGCGAGAAAUAGCUACUAAGUUGACCUUGUGCAGUUUCUGGGGCUUUCAACCACAUUUCUGUCUGUUAUUACUUUAAUCAGUGGUAUUAUAGUAUGAUUAUAAUGAAAUGGUACUAAUGUAAUGGCGAUCCUAACAAAAUGUGGAAAAACUAACUAGCUAGUUAAAGACAGUGAAUUGGCACCACUGUGUGGCCAGAAGUGAAUAACGCAUGCAUUUAAUCAUGAGACCUUUGGAUGGGCUCAACACAUCCCUGAUCUUUUAUUUUGAGCUGCUAUUAAGGAAGUCAUUUGAGAAAUAGGUUGACUGAUGUAUUUCAGCUGAAGACUAAAUGUGGCUGGUAGAAAAUUGUUUAAUUCCAUUAUUUCUCAGGGUAAUAUUAAACACUAAUGGAACUUUUAUUGUGACAUUAUCUUCUAUUCCUGCUGAUAAAAGGAAAAAAAAGUGUCCAGAAGUCUUUUCAGUUACACAUGAAAGAAAUGAAAUACCUUGAAGUGCUUUCACACAGCUUGAUUUAAAGUUAAAUUCUUUAUUAUGAAAUGAAAAAUAAAAAUGAAUCAUUUACGUAAAA